AAUCGGUGUUUUAACAUUCUCCUUUCAAACGCAUCAGUUCCGUUGAGAUAAAAAUGGCGAAUCGUUGGGGCCGUAAUGCACCUUACGGUGGUGGGGCAGGCGGUGGUGGCAGUGGUUACAUGGGUUCUGGGGUUGUCGGUGUAGGUUUUUAUAUGGGUGGGCCUACCCCAAAUGAUCGCAGACCCUAAAAUGCUGCCCCGGUUGCUAAGCCUUUUUAUGGUGGAUAUCGUGAAGACAACUACAAUAGACGUUCGGAUCGAAGAGAUGAUUUUCGCGGUGGUAAGCGAGGUCAGCCAAAAGGAAGGAGCCCGGAGAAACGAUACCACGACACACCACCUAGCCAGCGUAAAGAUCACAGACCUUUCGGGAAGCGUCAAUCAUCAUUUGCUCGCUAUGAGGUGAAGAUUCCCAAAGGGUUAUUCAACAUAUCCUCAUCGUCCUUACCCGAUCUCCGACAUCGAUACCCUCAUCUUAACAUAUCUGGAGACUUUUACGAGUGUACAUCAUCAUGGGUAGAAUCGUUCCCCAUGCACGCCCCAUUCGAGCUAGGAAGUGGCACAGAUUACCAUGUUUUCCACCGGGACGUUGAUCCCCCCACACCCAUAGACUCCGCUCUCCUAAACCCACCUGAUGCAGAUUACUCAUAUUCAGCCCGAGUUAUGCUGAUGGCUUGUCCGCAACUUGGUGAGUUAUAUAAGAAUACUUGUCGCAUGGCUGACGAUGCAAAUGGAGCUGGUAAAGUUCUGCCUGAUAAAAGUAUACACUUUCUGGUCGGUGGUCGUGCGAAGAGUGAAACCAUGGCCCUUGGUGGACCUUGGUCACCAAGUUUAGACGGACCUGAUCCUCAGGGAGAUCCAAAGACUCUUAUCAAGACAGCUAUCCGGACUUUCAAAGGCUUGACCGGACUAGACUUAUCUUCUUGCACUGAAUGGGUCAGAUUUAUGGAGCUCAAGUAUUAUCGUAUGCCUGACACCAAAGCCCCAGCUUUCACAGAGGCUGAAGAAGAAAGGGAGAUUACUUCAGAACGCCCGGAGGUCGUGGUGUUCUAUAUACCUAACGCAGCCCAUCUAAUCCCAACCGAGGAGCAGUGGGCUAAAACCAAGGAGUAUUACAACUCUAUACUUCAAAAACAACUGACCGCAGAAAAAGUAGAAGAAGAUAGUAUGGUUGAACAGCAAGAUGGUGACACAACUGUUGCCGAUGUAAGUGUGGAAGAACCUGAAGAGUCAUGUGCUCGCUCAGAUAUGGAGCCGACUCACUAUUCUAAACUUGAUGUAAAUACUCUCAAAGUUAGCGACUUGCGAAAUGAAUUGGCAGCUAGGAAGUUAGAUACCAAAGGCCUUAAAGUUAACUUAGUGGCCCGUUUGCAAGGUGCUUUGGAUGAGGAGAAGAAGGCUGAUGCCCCGGAAGAUACUAAGGUUGAUGAGGAGCCCAAAGCCGAACAGACUCCGAAUAAGACCACUUCGCCGUCUGCGACGCAGUCAAAGGAUGAUUCAAAGGACCUAUCCGAAAAAGAUCGCCGGCGUUUGGAACGCCUCUACCGUCUUGGUGAUAAGCCGGCCAUCGUUAUCCAUCCAAACAAGUCAGCUAAGGGUGGUCGUUUCGAUUGUCAUCGCGUUUCCUUGUUCUCUCUCCUCGAUUAUCACACAGAAGACCAGAAAGAGCACAAUUUCGAAGUAUCCCUGUUCGCUGAACAGUUCCAUGAAAUGCUCCAACGAGAUGCAGCCUUCACAAUAUUCAAGGCUAUUCACGAUGCACCUGAGAAAGAAAUUAAACCUGAACAAGAUGGAAAACUUGAAAACGGUUUCGAUUCCGACGAGCCUGAUUCCAAGCGGCGCAGAAAUGACAGCCAGAAUGGUCAUAGCGAUGAUCAGGAAGAGGUCAAGGUUCGUCGUCUCAGGCGUACUGUGAACCCAGCUCUGUUAUUCGCGUUUACAUACUUUGACAUGAGCCGGGCUGGGUACAUUCGAGAGCACGAUUUGUGUGAAAUACUGCAUCUUCUCGGUCUUCGAUACUCCCGUACUCAGAUGCGUAAAUUAGUGGCAAGGGUAGCUACCCGUCGUGACCACGUGUCGUACCAUAACUUAACAGAUGGCGAUAUUGUCGAAGGCGAUGAUAAAGACGUUGUUUCCAUGAAUUUGACUGUCAAGGAAGAUGUUGAGGUAACAAGAAUGCUUGCGCUUGGUAACAGGGCUCUAUUCGACAUGACGGUUCCGCAAACUCCUGCAAGGAUUGUUCUUGGUGGUGGGAAUACGGAGCAAAUGCUAAAGCGCGUAGAGCUUGCCGAAGCUGUCAAACAAAAGCUUGAAUUCCAAUUCUUCCAGAUAAAGGACGAGCUAGAAAAAACUCGGGUCAAAGUGAACUCGUUCAAAGAUACUGAAGAUGAGUUAAGGGCAGAAAAUCGCGAUUUGGCGUCACGCUUAAAGUCUGAACAGAAGCAGCUGCAUGAAUACAGAAGUCAGGCAAACACUUAUAGCCAUUUAUUGCGCUCAGCUAGAGAUCAAAUGGAUAAGGCCCUUUUCGACAUUAAUAAGCAGUUUGACAAAGAAAAAGCUAAGCGGGAAGCCGAAAAAGCCGCUGCUGAUGCAGAAAAAGCUAAGGCUGAAGAGGAGGCCAAUAAGCUCAAAGAAAAAGAAAAGGAUGAUAAAGUUGACGAUUGUGAAAAGUCAGAAGAAAAGGAAUGGGAAGUUGUUGAUGCCGUCUGAUUUAUGACUAUGCAUUUACUGUAAGAGCGUCAGUAAUUACCUCUUACAUGUAUGCCAUUUUAACUAAACCUAACUUUGCCAUACACUUGAAAUAUACUGUAUACGCUCUCC